GGGCUGCGCAGGGACAUGGCGGCGCCGCCCGCCCUCCUGAGGGCGGCUAGCUCCCGCCCCGCGCUGACGUCACCCCGAGCUCUGCCGGCGCCAUUUUGGACGCUCACCGCCGGGGGGGCCGGAGCGGGGCCGCCCCAGCCCCGCCGCGGCCGCGCCGCCGCCGCCUCCAUCCGCCGCCAUCGCCGCCCGCCGCCGCCGCCCGCCCCGCGCCGCCCGCCCCGCCCGCGCCGCCCGCUCCACCCGACCCGCCGCGGCCGCUAUCGCCAGCACAACAUGGCAGGAGCUGGAGGAGGAAAUGACAUUCAGUGGUGUUUUUCUCAGGUGAAAGGCGCUGUAGACGAUGAUGUAGCAGAAGCGGAUAUAAUUUCUACAGUAGAAUUUAACCAUUCUGGAGAGUUGUUAGCAACAGGAGACAAGGGAGGGAGAGUUGUCAUCUUUCAACAGGAGCAGGAGAACAAAACCCAAUCUCACAGUAGGGGAGAAUACAAUGUUUACAGUACCUUUCAAAGCCAUGAACCAGAGUUUGACUACUUGAAAAGUUUAGAAAUUGAAGAGAAGAUCAACAAAAUUAGGUGGUUACCCCAGAAAAAUGCUGCUCAGUUUUUAUUGUCUACAAAUGAUAAAACAAUAAAGUUAUGGAAAAUCAGUGAAAGGGACAAAAGACCCGAGGGUUAUAAUUUAAAGGAGGAGGAUGGACGGUAUAGGGAUCCUACUACAGUUACAACACUACGGGUGCCAGUGUUCAGGCCUAUGGACCUCAUGGUGGAAGCCAGCCCACGGAGGAUAUUUGCCAAUGCCCACACGUAUCACAUCAACUCCAUCUCCAUCAAUAGUGACUAUGAAACGUACCUGUCAGCAGAUGACCUGCGGAUCAACCUGUGGCACCUAGAAAUCACAGACAGAAGUUUUAAUAUUGUAGAUAUCAAGCCUGCCAACAUGGAGGAGCUGACAGAGGUGAUCACAGCUGCAGAGUUCCACCCCAACAGCUGCAGCACGUUUGUCUACAGCAGCAGUAAAGGCACCAUUCGCCUGUGUGACAUGAGGGCAUCAGCCCUCUGUGACAGACAUUCAAAGUUGUUUGAAGAACCAGAAGAUCCUAGCAACAGAUCAUUUUUCUCUGAAAUCAUCUCUUCCAUAUCUGAUGUCAAAUUUAGCCAUAGUGGUCGAUAUAUGAUGACUAGAGAUUAUCUGUCAGUGAAGAUCUGGGAUUUAAAUAUGGAAAAUAGACCUGUGGAAACGUACCAGGUGCACGAAUACCUCAGAAGUAAACUCUGCUCGCUGUAUGAGAACGAUUGCAUUUUUGACAAGUUUGAAUGCUGUUGGAAUGGAUCAGACAGCAUUGUCAUGACAGGAUCUUACAACAACUUCUUCAGGAUGUUUGACAGAAACACGAAGCGAGACAUCACCUUGGAGGCGUCCCGGGAGAACAACAAACCCCGCACGGUGCUGAAGCCGCGCAAGGUGUGCGCCAGCGGCAAGAGAAAGAAGGACGAGAUCAGUGUCGACAGCUUAGACUUCAACAAGAAGAUCCUGCACACAGCCUGGCAUCCCAAGGAGAACAUCAUUGCUGUAGCUACCACAAACAACUUGUAUAUAUUUCAAGACAAGAUGAAUUAGGGUUGGCAUUCCUAACUGAAGAGUCACUUCCUGCAUAGUUGAAAUAGUUGAAUCUAGCAUUUGUACCUGUAACGAAAGCAAGUGAGAGGUCCAUUAUGGCACCCCUUUCCAGUGUUUAAAAAUGUGCCAUAUGACAACACACUUUUAUAGCUCCAUGGAGAAGGCUCUGUGGCUCUGUUGUCUCCAUGCCUGCUAGCCAUUUAGGUGAGGAUAGGGCACUUUUUAAUUUAAAUGACUACUUGCACCAUCUUGCCUAAUGGACUAGACUGGACUGUCUCAACAUCGGUUUACUCCACUUUUUAUGCCUUCCAUUGUGAUGACGUCAGACACAGGGAAAGCCUUCAAUCAUGCUAUGGGAUUUAAUUGUGUAACCUCAUUACUGUAUCAUUCGUGGCCCCCUUUUUUUAUUAAAUACAGCUCAUUCUUGCUGUGGCUUGUAGCAUUCCUCCUCCUUCUGGCCUCCUGGACUCCCCCUUCCCCCUUUGUCCCCCUCCACCUCGCCUCGGUGGUGGUGUAUGGAAAAAAAUAAACAAAAUAAAGCACAUAAAAUGGGUCCGUUUGGGGUCAGUGGUAAAGGGGGUCUGUGUUGCAACAAAUGUUUUAAUAAACAGUUGACUGUAAUCACUCCUUGCCAUGUCUGGCACCAAAAAAAAGAGAAAAUAAGGAAAAAAACAAACAAACUACUGAAUAAAAGUGACAAAGAAUGGAAAA